UCGUGCCAUUUAGUCCUAGCAGCGACAUUGCUCAAAGCGGAUCGUUGUUAUAAGAGUUCCAGAAUGAAGAUUUUCGUUUGUUUGAUAGCGCUCAUCGCGGCCAUCCAAGUGGGUGCCCAGCGGGAACCGGUCAAGUUGAAUCCAUCCAAGUUGGCGCUCCUGCCGAAGGAGUGCGGCGUUGCCAAGUACCCUCCGUAUCCAACUGGCAUCUUGAGUAAGGUGUUUGAAUUUCCAUGGAUUGCUUUGGUAAAGUUUAACAAGACUCGCCGACCGGCGACCUGUUUCGGGACGUUGAUCAACCAGCGGUACGUGCUGUCGGUGAUCGGAUGCGUGAGGAAGACGAAGAAGGAUCCGGAUUACAUUCGAUUGGGAGAGCAGUCAGCGCUAACGGAUCCUGAUUGCAGUGAGCUGAAGCAGAGCGAUGGUUCCGAGCGUAAGGAAUGCGCUGGUCCGGUGGUGGACAUUCCGAUCGAAUCGUACGUUUCCCAUCCGGAGUUUGAUCAACCGAUGUAUACCAAUGACCUGGCGUUGAUGCGGAUGUCCCGUGAAGUCGAGUACAAUGAUUACAUUCGUCCGAUUUGUCUUCCCACGACUCCGGAGUUGCUCAAUGCCAUUCCACACGAUCUGCUGUUGACGGCCUGGGAGCUGGAAAUGAACGUCCCGACGCAUUACGUUGGUGAGUUGGAGAAGUACCAGGUCGAGAACUACAAUCUGGAUGCCUGCCAGCGAGAGUACGAGAAGAUUGGCUUCACUCCGGAGCUUGAGAUCAACCGAUUCUGUGCCCGUCAAAAGGGACCGAACUAUGUGUGCACUCGGAUGGCAGGAGCACCGAUCGGAGCAGUGGUGGACGUUGAAGGAACCCAGCGACAUGUCCAGUUUGCUAUGGCCAAAUUUGCGCCACUCAACUGCACCGCUCGCCAAACGGUGCCAAUCCUCGCAAUGCGCAUCACCGAAUACAUGGAAUGGAUUACGGACAAUAUAGAGGCGUGAGGAGAUUGGCAAGGUGAUUUGGAAUUUGUCCAACAUAAUC